UAUGUGUGUGUGUGUGCAAGCGACAGACUCUUAGUGUGUCCGCCCUCUGACUGUAAAAGGCUCAGCUAAGACCUCUUUAACCUGUGGGAAGGAGUGUUGAUAUAAAAUACGUAAUUUACUUUUUAAGGAAUUCAUCAAAAUACACAAUCAAGUUCACCAACAAGGUGCAACUGUUAGUCAAUUUGUGGUCAUUUGGCUGAGCGUAAAAACGGUGUAAACUACGUAGUAAUGAGCAAUUUGAAGUGUCUGACGACGAUAAUCCUCUUCGGGUUAUGUGUCACACCGUCAGUAACAAAAUUUGGUCAGAUAUGCCAAAAAAAAGCUGACUGUGUAUAUGGAACAGUGAACAUAGAAGAUUGCAGAGAUGGUUUUUGUAAUUGUACCAGUAAAAGCCGUUUACACUUUGAUGAACAUUCUCUCGCUCCUGAUUGUAGCCCCACUUUGUACCUAAAGACAAGGUACUGUAAAAGUUCAUCGGAAAAAUGUCCGCCAAAUAGCAAGUGUUUAGACAAAGUAGGAUGUCGCUGUGAUGAUGAGUAUGUGUUUCUUGGCACAGAUUGUCGAAAAGUAUUGUACCAGAAAGUCAUGGAACCCUGCCAUAUACAGAAUGGUUCAGUAUAUGUCUGUGACUAUAAGGAACAUAGCUUCUGUGGAGAAAAGAAAUGUGUGUGCUUUGAUGCUUUUCUCCCAAAUAUAACCAGUGGGCGGUGUGAACCUGAAGGUGAUUUCCUGGAUGCUAGUAACCUUACAAAAACAAUAAUUGGUCAGAAAUGCUCAACAAAAUAUGACUGUGCAUCAAGAAUAUUGAUCUCAGAAAAUUGCACAGAUGGUUUUUGUGCUUGUUCCCGCACAGCCCGUUUACGCUAUGAAGAAUAUUCCCUCGCUCCUGAGUGUAGCUCCCUAUUGGACCUAAAGACAAGGUACUGUAAAAGAUCACCGGAAAAAUGUCCACCAAAUAGCAUGUGUUCAAGCAGAGAAGGAUGUCGCUGCAAUGAUGGGUAUGAGUUUGUUGGCAGUAAUUGCAUAAAAGCAGUGUACCAGAAAGUCAUGGAGCCCUGCUAUAUACGGAAUGGUUUAGCAUAUGUCUGUGACCAUAAGCAACAUAGCUUUUGUGGAGAAAAGAAAUGUGUGUGCUUUGAGAUGACCCUGCCCACCAGGUUGUCUCUGCUCGAGACAGCCCUGAGGAAGCCGUGGCUUGGGCAGAUUGAUCAAACCUGUUGUGAGGAGCUAGAGAUGGGCUGGGCCCCUGCCUGGCGGCUCACCAUGAGAGACCCUCGUAGGUGGAGUGCUUUUCUCCCUAAUAUAACCAGUGGGCGGUGUGAACCUGAAGCCGAUUUCCUGCGUGCCAGUAACCUUGAAAAGUAUAUUGUCCUACAUGGUGAAUACUGCAAGUCGAAAUCUCAUUGUAUUGAAGGCUUGGAGUGUUCUAAAUAUGCGUGCUCCUGUCCCAGCCCCUGCAUUUACAAGAAGGGAAUGGAGGUAUGUGACUGUGGCGCAUCGGGAUCAACAGGACCUUUAAUUGUUGGUAUCCUGGGUGGUUUGUUAAUCAUUGCAUUUUGGAGCUGGACAAUAAGGAAUACUUGGAGGAGACACACAAAAAAGCAGGCAUACCAGGAUGAUGCACCAGCACCUCCAUCUGUCCAACGAAGUACAGCUUCAUAUCCUCUUGCUCCGGUUACAUCCUCUGUACCAGCUGCCCCACUUUUGUCACAGGAAGAAGAGCACACUGGGGUUACUCCAGAUGAAACAGACUUUGGAAAAAUACCAGCAGAAUCUUAUCCACUGGCACCACCCGCACAACCUUUAGGUUUUCAGAGCCCUGCCAACUCUCAGUACCCAUCAUCACAGGGUUUUCCUUCUAAUGCAUAUAAUGAUGCCUACUUACCUAAUGUUUCUGGAGAUCCCUCAGCCCCAUUGUGUCCUCCCAUUCUCCCACCACCAUAUUCAGCCACUACAUAUAAUCCACCAUAUGCACCUUCAUCCUCACCUCCUCCAUAUCCUGCUGACAUGCCUUCACAUCCUCCCCCAUCCAUGCCUCCUCCAUACCCUUCAUCAUCAUCUUCGGCCCCAUAUCCUCUUAAUCUAUAAAUGACACCACAGCUUGUUUCAUAGUUCUUUAAGUGAAGUGAAAAUUAAUUUUUAAGCACAAUGGCAACAUGACACUAAAUCACAUAUCCCUCUAUAUCGGAAGAACCAUUUACAAGAACUAGGAAUGACAGAGUUGGGUUUUUUCUUCUUAUUCUGUCGUCUUUCAUGUUUUGGGGACUAUUUUUUUUUUUACUUGCUUCUAAAUCAUGCAUUUCCUAAUAAACUAUUUGAAGUAAUUGUCUUAAAAUAAAAUUUUCCAGUGAAUUACAGAACAGACUAUAGAAUAUAGGUAUUUCUAGAGUUUGGAUAUGAGGUAAGUGCUUGAGGAAUUACUAUACAAGCCAAACAGAAAUAGGUGCAAGUUCUAUGAAGAAGAUAACUUCCAAAUGUAUGAAUUUCAGUGAUAUUUUGAUUUUCAUAUCAGAACUGGAAAAAAAACUGCAUCUUUGUCAUUUCAACCCUUAAGUCUGAAUUGAUUGUUUUGUUUUUUUGUUGUGUUAGAUCAUACUUGGCUGUAGUCAAGGCAGCUCUGGCCCUGUCUUGAGAUAUAUUCAAGCUGAAAUAUGGUAUCACAUAUAAUAAAUAAAGAUAAUGGCUGCUUCAUUAUAUUGCUGUCCUUUGAACUUAAAUAUGAAAGGGCAAAAAUAGAUGAAAUGUCAGUAGAACUGAUACUUGAUAUUUGUGAUAAUUGCAGCAGUACAUAAUCAGCAGGUGAAUAUUGUGUUGGGUUUGGAAGAGAAGUGGAAUGACUAGGCUAAUAUAAAUUCAUCAUGGUUAUCAGACACUGUUAUAUAUAUGUGACAAACAUAUGCAAGACCAGUCAAUCUAUAGGUUAAUUGCCUUAAGUGUGGCUUGAUUAAGUAUUAUCAAAGUUCAUAUAAUCUUAGGAAAGAAAAAGUGUCAUCACCCUGGAUUCUGGAGUACUCCAAUGUGCCAAGUCUGUUCUUUAUUGUAAUCAUCUCACACUUAAUACUUAUUUUACAUGAUUAGUAUUUUUUAAAGAUAAAGGAUAGGAUUUAUUUAUAUAUAUAUUUAUUUAUGUAUUUAUAAAAAAAAAGCUGCUGUCAACACUAAUUUUUAUUCCAAAGAGCUGUCUUUAGAAAUUUAUCCUGUCACAUACAUGCCCAGUCUAUUGUGGUUUUAUUAUCUAAAUUCUAUUCACUCACAGAUGGCAACAGAUGUGCUUAUUCAACAAAAAGUCUAGGCCUACCAGAUCUCAUUUGCUGAAAAUAAUAUUAGAGAGGAAAUACAAUAAAUUUAAGGAAUUACCAGGUGAGGCCUACUAAUUAACUCCUUGGUGGCUAAGCUCUUGUGGAGUUGUGUUUGUGUAAAUAAAAUUCACUAGAUAAAACUGCAAUGGAGGAUGCAUGUACCAGACACCAAUGAGUUAAUAUACAAAAAUUGGUUUUGCGAUUAUAGGUUGAGUAUUAGUGUCCAUGCUGGAAACUGACAGUGAAGUAAAAAAUCUGUGUAAUAAUAUUUAUUCUUUAAUAAAGACAAACCUGCAUGUACUGAUGAGUCUGAGAUGGAGAAAAAAAAGAGUUUAUUGUAUGUUUUAUAUAAUAUAUUAGUAUUAGUGAAACUGUAAAGCUGUGUAAAAGGCUUCUUAUUCGUUAGGGCAGUAGCUGAUGUCACAGGAAAAGUAAAUACACAUCAAUAUAAUAAAUCAGUGUUUACAUGUUUACAUGUAUACACUUACAGUUAUACUCACAAACAUUUGUAGUUAGUAACAGCAAUCAGAAAAUUAUUUCUACUAGCAUUCUAUAUCAAGUUUGAGGUCUGAACUGUCAAGCAUGCUGUGCACUCACUUAGCAAACUCUAUCCGACAUGCUAGUGUGGUUGCCCAUGUGGCUGAGGAAAUGAUUGUUAUGUAGUCACAAAAUACAGUAGUCACUAUGUGGGUGGUAAGCCAAUAGUUCAUAUCACCACAAUAUGUGCUUAAUGCUCUGUACCUGGUGUCAAACCAGCUAUUGGUUUCUGGUGGUUUAUUUGUUUUGCAUGUCAGUAUUGUCACAAAAGUGGCUAUUGACAGACUUACCACUCUUGCCCAUCAGAUUACCUGAUAGUACUGACAGGGCUGAAGGAGGCAUAAUCUCUCUUUAGUAUAUACUUCUUUCAUAUACAUAACUCAUUGUGUGCUGAGUGCAACAUUCCUGCAAUUUUUCCUCUUUUGGAGAAAUAAAUGGAGAUUGUAAAGUUUGACAUGUAUUUAUGUGAUGUAUAUACAUGCUCAUCCACAGGUAUUACUGUACUUGGUUAGGUUGUAGAAGGCAUUUUGUUUUACUUAGGAAAUAUAUUCCUCAGUUUUUAGAUCUCAAAAAGUAUUUACAACUUUUAUUAUAACUUUAAUUAUUACUUUUAUCAGGAAAAAGAAACCACAGGUGGUUGAUCAUCUUACUGACCUGGCAUUGCCAUUGAAUGCAUAUAUACCAUUUUAAAAUCAGGAGAACUAGGUAGAAAAUGGUUCUCAUAUCACUGAUUUGACCUUUUUAAUAUGCAGAAAGAUUCUCGUUUAAUGUAGAUGGCCAGAGCAUGUCCUAUAAGAAGACAAGCCAGAUGAAAAUGACAUAUAUGCCUUCAAAAUCCCUUUUCACUGACAAGUACAAUUCAUUUCAUGAGAACUCAUUCGUCAAAUAUACCAAUGCCUUGACUGGGUGUGCCUUCCAGUGCCAAGUUCAGGCUAGACCACAAUUGAUGAUUGCAAUAUAUUAAUUUAGGCAAGAGUGGCUUUGUAAAACUAAGGUCUUUCAAGGCCUUACUCACAAACUGGAAUCUGUGGCUUAAAAUUAGGUCACUAAUAUUUUAAAGAUGUAUAUUCAUAAUUUUACAUUGGGUGUUUCUGAGCUACAGUGCUUCCAUAGGUAUUUCCUAUAGUAGCUUAAGAAUAUUUUUACCCGUGAAGUGUGCAGGAAAAUAAAUUAUAUAUUUUCUACAUAUUGUUUCUGUUGUGUUUUGUUAUUCUUGUAAACUAUUUUAUUAUGAGAGUUUUACAUGAAUACAUUUACUCUGAAU